AUGGUUGAAUUAACAGAUAACGGACGUCAGGUAUUGAAUUUGAUAUCGUCAAACAUUGAGAGAAAACCUCAGUGCCAGCAAUUGAGUAAACUUGUCACAAAAAAUAAUGUUUUUAGUAAAUCAAGAACAAAUCAAAUGAAUGAAAAUGAUGAGUUGGCUGUUGACAUGAUAUCGAGUUCUUCUGUUUCCAAUGGAAUUAUUCAAAAAUCUGAUAUGUUUACCAAACCAAAAAAGAAAAAUAUUACUAAAAAAAAGGUAUCACUAUUUGUUGGUAAUCUUCCUGAGCAUGUAACAGAAGAAAUGUUAAAGGAGAAAUUCAAUGAUUAUAAAUCGAUAAUCUCCAUUAAAGUUUGUAGAGAUUCUGUUUCAAAAAGAUCUUUAGGUUAUUGUUAUUUUAAUUUUGAGGAUUCAGCUAGUGCAGAAGAUUUUACAGAAAGAUAUAAUUAUAAAGUUUUAUUUGAUAAUAAAGAAAUAAAAAUAAUGCCGUCUCUAAGAAAUUCAUUUUUCAGAAAGAAUGUUGGAACAAAUGUAUUUUUUUGUAAUUUACCACUUAAUGAUGGUUUGAAAAAUGAAGAAGAUGCUGAAAGAGAGGUGAAGUUAACAACAAGAAUAUUUUAUGAAACAUUCAGAAAAUAUGGUAAAAUUUUAUCAUGUAAAUUAGAUUAUAGAAAAAAUAUUGGAUUUGUUUAUUACGAGGAUGAUGUUUCAGCUAAGAAGGCAAUUAAAAGUUUCAAUAAUAAAAUAUAUUUUGGAAAGAAAAUUCUAUGUGGUUUACAUUUUGACAAAAAUGUAAGAUCAAACCCUGAUUUUGAAAAGAAAAAGCAACAGUUAGAUUCAGAUAUUUUCAUAAGAGAAGAAUUAUUAACUGAUGAAGAUGCAAAAGAUAAAAGUAUUGUUGAUCAAAUUAGCUCUAAGUCAAACGAUGACGUUGAAGAUAAUGACAAUAUUGGAUACAGUAUUACCCAAAAGAAUAAAAUAGAAGAUGAUGUAUCUAUAGCAGCUACAGUAAAUGGCGAUAGUGAGAGAAGGAAUGAUGCUAAUAAUGAAAAUAAAUUAAAGAAAGUGUUCCCAAAUUCGGUAUUUAUUAAAAAUUUACCAAUAGACACAACAGAUGAGGAAAUAUUGAAUCAUUUUAGUAGUAUCGGACCAUUGAAAUCAGUUUUCUCUUCUAAAGUUAAUAAAUUCGAUUCAGUUUGGUCAAUUGUUACCUAUAAAAAAAUAGCAGAUGCAUGUUUUUCUAUUACACAUUUCAAUAAAACUUUAUUUAAAGAUAGAAUAAUUCAAUUAGCUAAAGCACACUCAAAAGAUAUAAAAGCUGGACCAGCGGUGAAAGAUUAUGGGAUUCAUACAGGGCCAGAAAAUUAUAAUACUGUGGUUUUUGUAAAUAAUAUCAGUAGUCAAUGUGACGAACUAUUUCUUACAAAGUUAUUAAAUGAAUCUAAUAAGACAUUCGAGGAGGUAAGGUUUUUGAAAGCAAAAAAUGACAAAGAUUCAUUUAGAAUGUCAUGUACUAUUAAUUGUCAUACACAAGCCGAAGCCACCAGAAUUCAAGAAUUUUUGAACAAGAAAGUAAUAUUCGGUAAUGUCGUACAUGCCAAUAUUAGAUCUAAGUUUGUUAAUAAUUCUUAUACACCACAAUUUUACCAAUAUUCAAGGAGAAGUCAUUAUCCUAGUAAUGAUAUCCCUAAGAAAUAUUUUCAUUAUGCUAAUCCAUAUUAUUACCAACAAUAUUACCACAAAAAUUACUACAAUAACAUGCUACCUUAUUACUACAAUCAUUUUUACUUCAAAAAUAUUGCUAUUCAGAAUAUGAAUAAUAAUUGGGUUGAUAUAGAACAAAACGAAAUAUUAAAUGAUCUGAAAGAUGCAGUCAAAUUUUAUUGUCGUAAAAUUAAUGAGAAUUCAAAUUUGAAGGAUUCUGAUAUUUCCUGUAUCAGUGAAUAUAUAUUUAAUGUUUUUGGACGUAGCGACGUUAACAAAUUGAAGGAAACAAUAAUGAUCAAUCCAAAUGGUGAUGAUAAUGAAAUGUUAUUGGAAAAAAUAUUAGAGGCAAGUAAGUGUUUAGGUUACGAUAUUUGA